CAAAUUUUUCAAUCCAAUUCCAAAAAUUAAAAUCAAAGAAAUCCCUUCUCAAUUAGGGUUUGAAUCAUCACUGAUUUUUGUUGCAAAUUGAUUUGCUCUGAAAGUCAAAGAAAUGGCCCAGAAAACAUCAGUUAUAAUCCCUAAUUUGAGAAGCUCUCCAUCAAAAUCAAGCAGAGGAAACCCUAAUUCACCUGAUUCAUCUUCUUCUGAUUCAAAGUCUACAAAACCUUUUGAUAGGAAACCUUCAAUCAAAUCUUCUUCUGCUUCUUCUUCAUCUUUUUCACUUACUGAGAAAAAAGCAGUUAGGGUUUCAGAAAUGCAACAGCAAUUGAAUUUGCUGCAAGAUGAGCUGAAGAAGAUGAGGGAUGAGAAAUCCAGGGUUUUGAAAGAGCUUGCGGAGGCGAAAAAGAUGGUUUCGGCACAGAAUAGUGGAAAUGAUGGUUUGAAGUUGUAUAAGGAUAGAAUUGAGUUUUUGGAGUUGGAGGUGGAGAAGACGAAGGAUUCGGAAAGAAAGAUGCUUGAGUCGAUGAUCUCACAGACCAAACUUCUUGAGCAGACGAAGAUUUCGCUUGAAGAAGCCAAGUUGGAGAUUAGAUCGCUUAAAGAGAGCUUGAAAAACUCGGAGAGUUUGGUUAAUGGCAGUGGCACAGAGGAGAAGGAUAUCAUGAUGCUUAGGAAUGAGCUCAAGUCGGCAAUGGCAGCAGAGGAGAAGAGUAAGAAGGCAAUGGAUGAUUUGGCUAUUGCGCUAAAGGAAGUCACGACGGAGAUGAAUCAAGUGAAGGAGAAACUCUUGAUCACGGAGACGGAAUUGGAUAAUGCAAGGGUUGAUGCUCACCGGAGUAAGAACCAACUGAAGAGUGUCGAAGAGAAGUAUCAAGCGGCCGUGGAGGAAUCUGAGAGGUUGAGGUUUGAAUUAGAGGAAACCGUGGCCGCUUGGAAUGCAAAAGAGGACGGGUUUAUAGAUUGUAUGAAGGUGUCCGAGGAGGAGAUAUCGAAAGGAAGACAAGAGAAUGAUAAAUUGAUUGAUUCUCAAAGAGUAGUUAGAGACGAGAACGCCAAGUUGCGGGACAUAUUGAAGCAAGCCGUGAACGAGGCUUCGGUUGUGAAAGAAACCUUGGAGAUUGUCCGGAAUGAAAAUUCACAUCUUAAGGACAUGAUCGCUGAGAAAGAGAACGUUGUGCAAAAGAUCAAGCAAGACUAUGAUAGCCUUAAGGUCAGCGAAGCCGCGGCACUUGGUAGUGUGAAUGAGCUGAAGGGUUUGUUAGCUGCAACGGCUUCCACUGGUUCAUUUGAGAGCCGAUCAUUUAGACAGACGCGAGUUGUAGCGAAUGAUGAUAAGAUCAACAAGAGCACAACAAAAUUUUUGUCUGAUCGAUGGAAGGGAGAUAAUCUGAAAAUUCAAAAUGGGCGAAGGCAUUCAAUUGGGGAACCAGGAAAGUUCAAAGGACCUGCAUUUGAUGCAAGAGAGUCACCAGAGUACGAAAGGGAUCGAAUGUUUGCAUCUAUCAGUAAUAUCUCCGAUUGGAAAGUUCCUUCUUCGAUUGUCACUGAUGACACUGGAACUUUGAGUUUAGAUGGUUACGAUCAUUUAGAUGCAUCGGAUAACCUUAAAGUUAUGGAGAAUGACAGUCUCACUUCAGCUAAUCAGAAAAAGAAGAAGACCAUGUUUAGGAAAUUCGGCGAAAUGAUAAGGAGAAGAAGCUUCCAUAAAUGAGAUUUUAUACUUGUGAGUGAUUGAUUCAAGCUUGCUUUAAGUUCCUUUUUGCCGGAAUCGAUAAGACGACGAAUACAAGAAAAACACAGAACAGAAUCUACAAUACAUGACUUUGAGUGGAAUCAAUGUAAACUUAGCUGUGUUUUGGUUCAUAAUUUUAUUUUGGUCUUUUGUUUUUUGGGAUGAAGUUCUAUAAUAAUACCAAACUGAUGUAUAAUAUCAUCUUGUUACCAAGAAAUGCAAACAGGGGUUGAUUGUUUGUUGGAA